AUGGAAAAAUGCUUAAAAGGAAUUUCUCAAAGGCUUACAGAGUCUUCUGGAGAACCGCAGCAAAGAUUGAUAGAUGAAACUGUCUUGGAGCCGUCUGUGGUUAUUGAACAAGGAGUUGAUAUUCUGAAUAAAUCUUUUGAAAGUUAUCUGAAGAAAAAUGAGGAAGCAACACCUCAAAAGAUUCAAGGAUCAAGUGCUCAAGAUCCUGAAGAUGAGGAUCAAGAUAAAUCAAGUGAGGAUGAUUCUGAAGCAACUCAAACAGAAUCAGAAUUGGAUCCAACAACUCUUGGGAGAGGGAAAGCUCAGUUAAAGAAGAAGCCUUUAAAGAAAAAGAAAGCAUCAGAUGAAGAAGAUUCAUCUUAUGAUUCUGAUCAGCCAAAGAAACAAGUAAAGAAACGAAAAGCAGUUCAAGCUGGAAAAUCAAAGGUUCUUGAAACAGAAAAAGACCAAAGUAUUGAAACUCCCAAAGAACCUAAGGUUGAUAGUACUGAAGAACCGGUGGUGAAAGCUCGAGAAAGAACAGGAGGUGAUGAUGAUUAUGUAGAAAUCACUGGAUUCAAAGUUACUACUCCACGUCCUCCUCCACAAGAUAAACCAGGAUCGUCACAUCCUAAAGAUUCAAAGUUUGAUUACAUUUUUGAAGGUCUUCCAGAAGCAACAGGAAUUUACACAGAAGAUAUUCCUGAAGAUGAUUAUGACAUGUUCAACAAUGAAGCGGUACAAGAAUUGUUACAAAAAGUCAACAAGUUGGAAAAAGAAAAAGCCAAAACAGAAUUAGAGCGUGAUAUUCUAAAGAAACAAGUUGACAAUUUGAUGAAAGCUUCUUAUCAAGUUAGAGCAGUGCUGAUAGACCAAGAAGAAACAAUGAAAAGAAUGAAGAACGAAGCUCAUGAUAAUUCAAAGGUGUUUGAACUGUUGACGGCAGAGAUUGCUUCAUUGAAUGUGAAAAUAAAAAAUUUGGAAGAUGUGAAUCAAACGCUUAAUCAGCUUCUCAGUGAGAUGAGUGAAGCUUCAUCAAACGAAAUGAAAGCAAUGAAGUUGGAGAUGGAAGCCAUGAAGGCAGACAAGGUGGUAAAAGAUGAACAACUUCAUAUGCUAUACUCUGUCAUGGAGAGCCAUUUAAAAAUGGAUGUUCAUAUUGCAUUCAAUGAAAUAGAAGUGAAAAGAACUGAAGAAAGAAGAAUGGAAUGUGAAAGACGUCUAGCUGAAGAAGCCACUCAAAAGAACAAAGGUGUGAUUGAUGAUACUCAAGAAGCUGGUGGAUCUUCAAGUCAACCUGAAGUUGGUGGUUCAUCAAACCAAGAAGAUAUAGAAAUGGUUGAUGCUGAAAAUAUUCAAGAACAUGUUGAUCAAGAUUUCAUGAUGAUUGGAGAGUCUUCUAAACCUUUGGAUGCUGAAAAUGUUCUUAGAAAAGUGGCUGUUAUUCAAAGAAAGAAAAAGGCUAGAGAAAUGUUGUUACUAGAGUGGAAGACAGACCAGUUCGUACUUGUUGGUGAUGCCUAUUCAGUGCCUUACAAUGUUCAAGAAGUUGCUCCUGAAAUGAAAGUUAAAGAAAGGCGAAGAAAGGCAAAGAAAGCUCGUGGAGAAAUCGCUGAUGAUGACUCCGAUGUAGAGCUAUUUGGAGAUGAUGAAGAAGAAAAUGAAGAUGAUGAAAAGGAUGACAAGCCUGAUGAUCAUGAUGAUAAAGAUGAUAAGGGAGAUGAUGAUAACGAUGAGGGUGCUUCUGGAUUAUUGAUCAGAGAUACAAUUUUUCAAGAAAGAAUCAAUGAAUAG